GCUUGGAAAGUUUCUAUGCAAAACGUUAUUGAAAGAAUGCUAUAAAAUCAUGUUCGGCAAAGUACGUGUAACCUAGCAAACUUGGUAGCUAAAGCGCCAUGAUGGGGCAGAGCAUCCAAAACGUCUGCUUAGCUAAUAACGCCACCUUCCUCAGCGCCCUGCUUCUACUCGCCGUUACCACUUCCGGCGGCCCGUCCUUGCAAUGUUGCCUCGCGAGAAGUGAAACCCACCGGCGUCCACCACCGACGCCACCGGACGGCCCACACCAUCCUCCGGCAGCUCCGGUCAUGACGCCGCCGCCGUCCCCGUCAGCGACCUUCAGCGUGGUGGACUACGGUGCCGUGGGGGACGGCGUCACGGACGACACCAAGGCCUUCGCCGACGCCUGGUCGGCGGCGUGCGCAGCCGAGGCGUCGACGGUUCUGGUGCCAGCGAGCUACGUGUUUCUAGUCGGACCCAUCGCAUUCACCGGCGGUGAUUCUUGCGAGCCCAACGUCGUCUUUCAGGUAGACGGCACGAUCCUGGCGAACACAGGCUCCACGGCAUGGCGCUCCGGCUACGCGACGCAGUGGCUUGAGUUCAAGAGCGUCAGGGGCCUCACCAUCCAAGGCUGCGGCGUCAUCGACGGGCAAGGAAGCCACUGGUGGAGCCGCAAUCCUCUCGUCGACCAAGGCCAGACGACGACGGAGCUGGACCCUGAUCGUGUGGGAACAAUCGACCGACCUACAGCGUUGAGGGUGUACCAGGGCGACAACGUGACCGUGACGGGUAUAACCAUCAGGAGCAGCCCAAAGUUCCACCUCACUCUGGACACCUGCCGCGCGGUGGAGGUGCACGGCGUCACCAUCGCGUCGCCCGGCGACAGCCCCAACACCGACGGCAUCCACCUCGCCUCCUCCGUCGGCGUCUCCAUCCACCACACCACCAUCGCCUGCGGUGACGACUGCGUGUCGAUACAGGCCGGCUGCUCCGACGUGUCCAUCCGCAAUGUGUACUGCGGGCCGGGUCACGGGAUCAGCGUCGGCGGGCUCGGCAAGGGCGGCGCCACGGCCACCGUCUCCGACGUCACCGUACAGGACGUCACGUUCAACCACACGAUGACCGGCGUCAGAAUAAAGACCUGGCAGAUACAUACGUACAUACAGGGCGGGUCUGGGUCGGUGAAGAACGUGCGCUUCUCCGGCGUGCGGGUGUCGGCGGUGAAGACGCCCAUCGUCAUCGACCAGUACUACUGCGACCACACGGCCUGCACCAACCAGACGUCGGCGGUGGCCGUGGUGGGCGCGGCAUACCAGGGCGUCGCCGGAACGUACACCCAGCGCCCGGUGUACCUGGCGUGCAGCGACGCCGCGCCCUGCUCGGGGAUCCACCUGGCCGACAUCCAGCUCCAGCCCGUCAAGGACAGCGGCUACCGCGUCCAGGGCCCCUUUUGCUGGAAGGCGCACGGCGACGAGAUGCGCCCCGUCGAGCCACCCGUGGACUGCCUAAUAACCGCCGGAGCUCCAUGACCGUACCGGAGGCAGCCCACGCAUACAGCAGAAUUCAAAACGCGUACGGUUGUUUAUAUUAGAAACGUGCGGCCGCAGCGAGUACGCCGGCCCGAGAUUAUUGUAUAUUUGGGCUACGCA